GCAAAAAAGUGUAGAGCAGUUUUUUAUUGCACAUCUGUCUAACUAUAGAGUGUGUGUUCGUACAAUUUCGUAUGAAAAUGCAACUAUAUGAGCAAAAAUGAUUGAAUAGUAGUACUGUAUCAUUUUAAAGUUGCCCAUAUCUCACCCCUUUUGGCUACCUGUCAUCUUCAAACAUUUAAUGAGGAGCUCUGAUAACUCUACCUCAUAUAUAUAUAUAAACCCAUUCUUCACCUUGUACUCUCAUCCAAAGAUACAUCCUCUCAUCACAACAUUCUAUCUAUCUUAUCUAUAACUUAUUAUAUAUCAAUCUUCUCCUCCUACUAAAAUGAAGAGCAAGUUCAUCAAGUCCUGCGAAAAGAAACUGAAAAUGAUGACAUGCAAAGUCAUACCCCCUUGUACGUUUUGCAAGACAUGCUGCCAAAGAAUUUGCUGGGCGUUCAAGAAGAAAGCUGAGGUGAUACCAAAGGAUGUCCCCAAGGGACACUUGGUUGUCUAUGUAGGUGAGGAGUCCAGGAGGUUUGUGAUAAAGAUCAGCUUGCUUACACACCCACUCUUCAAGGCAUUGCUGGAUCAAGCACAGGAUGCUUACGGUUUCAGUGCUGACUCCAGACUAUGGAUUCCAUGCGAUGUGAGUACCUUCCUCCAUGUUGUCCGUUGCGCUGGUGCUCCACGGCGUCAGAACAAGUGCAUGUGUAUCUAGGAAGGUUCUUGCACAGGGAACUCGAGACAUUCAUUGAUUUAUCCGGGCCCACGUUUCCCAAGAGAAUGUUGGUUAAUGCUAAGCUAUUGCACUACACUAAGAAUGUAAAACUUUUUGUAUUGAAUGUCAAUAAUUCAGCUGGGAGAAAAUGUUAUUAGCUAAAUGGCAAGCAAUAAACUCAUUUAAAGUUAUGUAUCA